AUGGAAGAUAACAACAAAAAGCCACAAACCGGAGGGGAGGCAGUAGACGACAUCCGGCAGAUUCCUGAAGCAGUCUCUUCUCAUCAUCUGGAAGAUGUCUCUGGUGGAACAGCGGCAGGGGACCUGCUGAAAAAGCCGGAGGAGCCGUAUUUCACCGAGGAAGAGGCCAACCGCGUCUACCGCAAGCUGGACUGGAAUCUGAUGCCGUUGAUCUUUGUGCUGUACUCGCUGUCGGUGCUGGACCGGUCGAAUCUGGGAAAUGCGAGGAUUGCGGGCAUGCAGAAGGAUAUUGAUUUGAGUGGGAGGCGGUAUGACUGGCUUGCGACUGUCUUUUACAUAGCUUGUGAGUUUGACUACAUCUUCCCUGUUUCUGAAGGCCUCGAGCUAAGUAUUGUGCCAGAUAUCCUGUCUCAGUGGACCCAAUUGGGCUGGAAAGCCUUCAAACCUCAUAUCUGGGUCUCGACAGUCGUCUUUCUAUGGGGUUUCAUCUCCACCAUCCAGGCAGCAUGCACGUCCUGGGGCGGGCUCAUGGCCUGCAGGGUGUGCCUGGGCAUUGUCGAAUCCAUGUACGGGCCUGGCGUGCCCCUGUACCUGUCCUAUUUCUACCCGCGUGAGAAACUGGGCCUGCGAACGGGCAUCUUCCUCUCUGGCUCUGCGCUGGCCAACGCGUACGGCGGUGCGCUGGCAUACGGCAUUUCGCAGGCCAAGGGGUCCAUUGGCUCCUGGAGAAUUCUGUUCAUCGUGGAAGGCGUCCCUACCUGUCUUUUGGCCAUCGUCGCUUGGUUCUGUAUCCCCGACUCCCCGCGAGAGGCCCGGUUUCUCACUGAACGAGAGCGCGAGAUUGCCGUUGCUCUGUCGCUGCAGCAGCCUGGGGACCGUCAGUCCAAGGGGCUUCAGUGGAAGCAGGUGUUGGGUGCUCUUCUCGACUAUACGAGUUACCUUCCAGCCCUGAUGUACUUUGGCUGCAACGUCUGCUUUGCCUCCCUCCCUCUGUUCGUCCCCACCAUCAUCUCCCAGAUGGGCGUCUUCUCGACCAUCCAGUCCAACGGGCUCAGCGCCCCGCCGUACGUCGCCUGCUGGAUCGCCAUCGUCGCAUGCGCCUUCAUCUCCGACCGGUACAAGCUGCGGGGCCCGUUCGUCGUCGGCGCGGCCGUCGUCGCCGCCAUCGGCUACAUUAUCCUGGCCACGCAGACGACCGUCGCGGCGCGGUACUUCGGGCUCUUCCUGGCCGUGAUGAUCUUCGUCUCGGUCGCCCUCGUCCUCACCUGGGUGGGCAACUCGCACGCGACAGACUCGAAACGCGGCGCUGCCCUGGCCAUUCUCGCCACGGGCGGCCAGUGCGGUCCCGUCCUGGGCACCAACGUCUUCCCGACCACCGACGCGCCCUACUACCGCAAGGGCAUGUGGGUGUCCUUCGGAGCGUGCUGCAUCGUUAUCGUCGCCGGCCUGUGCCAGAUCUUUCUCCUGUGGCGGGAGAAUCGUGAGCGUGAUCGCAAGUACGGCCCCAGCGACGCUCAUCCAACUGCUCAGGAUCAGCAUUUCGAUCUCGAUCCUUCGGGCUAUGGUAAUGACAAGAGGUUCCGUUAUGUGCUGUAG